GGGACCUUCCUGCACUCGUUUCCAGGAUGGCCUGACCUUACUGCACUGCGCAGCCCAAAAAGGCCACGUGCCUGUGCUGGCGUUCAUAAUGGAGGACCUGGAGGAUGUGGCCCUGGACCACGUAGACAAGCUGGGGAGGACGGCGUUUCACCGGGCAGCUGAGCACGGGCAGCUGGAUGCUCUGGAUUUCCUCGUGGGCUCUGGCUGUGACCACAGUGUCAAAGACAAGGAGGGGAACACAGCCCUUCAUCUGGCUGCUGGUCGGGGCCAUGUGGCUGUGCUGCAGCGACUUGUGGACAUCGGGCUGGACCUGGAGGAGCAGAAUGCAGUGAGUCACCACCUGGGGGAUGGCGAGAUGCAUGACCCUUGCUUGCUGUCUGCCUUCGAGGAACCCCCACCAAUCCAUGGUGCAGUCUAAAGCCAGGAGGCUGAGGGCAUGAUCUCAAACUGAGAGCCCACCAGGGAAAGACAAGCAGCAGCACUGAACUCCAGGCUUAAUGGUGGCACUUGGCAGGACGGAUCACCAAAUAAGUGAGACACAGAGUGUGUGUUCAAAGAAGGGAGACGUUGCCAUGGACAGGAUGGAGACGGAGGGCUUGCUGGAGUAGGAGGAAACAGACAGAGCGGGAGGGGCGGAACGUGAGCAGAGAUGUGGAGCCAGGAGUGACUAUGCCAUGUGUGUGCUCCACAAAGUGAGGACUUCAGGGGUGGGGCUCAUGGGAUCACAAACAAGAAAGCUCAUUUUUCCCAGGGGCAGGGCAGCGGAGAGCUCAAGGGGCCCUGGGGC